UGCCUUUCAAUGUCACCCAUCAGUGCCAUGUGCAUCAGUGCCGCCUAUCAGUGCCCAUCAGUGCCACCUAUCAGUGUUCAUCAGUGCAGCCUAUCAGUGCCCAUCACUGCAGCCUCAUUAGCGCACAUCAGUGAAGGAGAAAAAUCACUUAUUUACAAAAUUUUAUAACAAAAACUAAGAAAAAACUUUUAAUUUUCAAAAUUUUCAGUGGUUUUUGGUUUGUUUAAGAAAAAAUAAAAAAAACUAAGAGGUGAUUAA